AUGUUGGCCGCCCCCUGCCCGGGAGACUGCGCGCUUCCCCAGCGGGAGGCUCGGCUCACGCUCGGCUGGCCCGAGGGGAGAAAACAAACUUUGUGCGGAGCGCGGCGAGCUACGCCCACCUCCCGCGGGGCGGGCUGUCGGCGGCCAGGGGCUUCGUCCCGCCCACCGCUCCCGGAGGGGGCGGGGCCGGGAGGGCACCUUCUUCCUGCGCCCACCCCCACCCUCAGGAAUGCCACAUGGCCUCUGAGGAGGAGUGGUGGGAACCCUGCCUCCGGAGAGUCCGCUUGGGGGCAGGAAGUGGCCCAUUCCUCCUUUCGUAGAGCGUUUCCGGAGCGCCUACUGUGUGCUCGGCGCUGGGAGUGCGGGCCGUUACGGAGGGGAGAAGUCAUGCAAAACCUGACGCGUGUGGGAACGCUCGAGCCUCCGCCACAUCUCCCGCCGGCGGUGGAAUUGUUCCCAUUGCACCGAGAGGAAACUGAGGCCCGGUUAGUCCGGGGAUUUCCUCCUAGCUGCAGUGUUCAUUCUGGUGGAAGACUCCAAACAACUACAUGCCCUUCACCAGGAGCUGACUGCUUCACAGCAACUCUGGGAUGUUGUAAUGGGGUAAGUCUGUGCACACUAACCUAG